AUGACCGAAACCUUCUUGCUGCUGCGCAUCCGCCGCGAGGCGUGCGUGUGGUGGUGGAGUUGGGUCGGCACUGAUGGGGUCAGGCGGGAAAAUGUAGAUGCGCGGGCCUUUCUGGCCGUCGGCGUUGGCAGUGAUGCCCAUCUCAUUUUUGUGCGCGGAGGCAGACACCAUCAGAAAGGUGGACGGGCACUACAAGGCCCUAGGUUUGCUAGAGGGAGCUGUAUUGCCUCAGUAACCUGGCUUCGCCAUCAAAGGAGGAGGGAACAGGUGGCGACGAGCUGAACUAGGCUGGCUGACCAUUCGGCGCGAGAAUUUUUAUUUUUUUCAGACCAAGAACCUUGAGUGCAAUGAGGGAGAAAGCGAGGAACCGACUGGGAAGGACAGCAACGAGAGCGUGUACGGACGGAGCAGGUCGAGUGCCGUUUUGCUCGGGCUGACAACAGCGGCGCCGGAUGGAGCAUUGGCACCGGAGCAUGCGGGCGACAUCGACCCGUGGCGCACGGACAAACAUUUCUGUGUUGUCAAUUUUUUUCGUUUUUUUUCUGACUUUCCGUGUUGGUUUUAUGUGAUGACGUCGUCACCGGUUUUGUAGAGAGACCCGUCAGGAUGGCGUGGCUAACCCGGGUGCGUUGGUUUUGUGCCUGCUGCGUGGGAGACCCCUUCAAUGUGGAACGAUUCUUAGCUAGUGUCGAUAUUUUUCACUGCAGUGCCUAACACAGACGAUCGGGAGAGAUUCGGGUGAUUGUCAAUUGCUGCUAUGAUGGCUUUGGUUGGUUGUUCUUUUUCACUGUACGGCCGCAGACACAUUCUGACAGCACUUCAGACAGCAGCUUUGUGCCCCGCCAGCUGCUUGUUCCAUGCCUACCAUGGUGUUUUUGUACAGACAGCACUUCAGACAGCAGUAUGCUGUAGUCGGCAAUCUUCCGUUUUGGUAUAGAGUGGGACAGGGAGGGGGUGAUGCUACUGUAGUCGAACGGUGGGACGGACGUGCAGUUCAGUUUUUGGGCACGCAUACGGUGCUGCAGGGAUUUUUAGGUGAACCUCUUCGGGCUCUUGGAUACCUUUUUCUCGUUACAUGUGUGCGUGUUCUUUAGAUCCU